GAUCCAGCAACUUUCGAUCCCUAUCGUUAUGUAAAGUUGCGCAAGGACCUUAAAAAUACCCAGCGGUAUACUUUUGCGAUGAGUGACGCCGAGCACAUGGCGUUUGGUUAUGGGAAAUAUGCUUGUCCAGGAAGAGCCUUUGUCGCCAAUGAGAUCAAACUAGUGCUCUCGCAACUCCUGCUGUUGUAUGACUGGAAGUUCCCAUCAGGACAAUAUUCACCACGCCCGAAGAAUUUCACUGUAGACGGAGACAUGUAUCCUGACAUGCAAGCCAGGGUGCUUCUGCGUCGCAGAAAGGGUGUUGAUGCGUGA